AUGAGCGACGAUGUGAUAGUUAAGAAAAUAAAAUUAAAUUUAGGGAGUUAUGUGAUGCCACAGGAUGAGUUUAAAAUGGAUUCUAAAUCAUUAAUGCAAACAGAAGCUCAAAGAAUUUUCAAUCAAUAUUCUAAUGUGGUUAAGGAAGAGAAGAAAUUGCAAGCCUUCAAUCAAAUAACGUAACAAACAAGCGGGUUUAUUAAACGUUUGGAAGAGCAUCGUUAGAUUUUGAAGACUUAGAUAGAAUUGCAGUUAAAAAUUUGUUAAGGGAAUAUAUUAUUAUAACGAGCUUUGAGUGGUGUUGACAUAAAGAAAUGA